UAUAGAUAUUGUGUGUUUUGCUCAUUUCUUUCCUAAUAACAAUGAGGAUCCUUCUGUUGCAUUUCCCAUAAACACAACAUGAAUAAAAUUCAUAAAAGUAGAUCAUAAUUACAAAGCUUUACUGUUAUUGAAAAUGCUGCAUAAUGCACUACUAAUUGCACUACUGCGAUCAGCUGCAACAUGUGUCGGAGGCUUAAUGGGAAUUCACCAGUUCGUACGUGAGUUGUGUCAAGUGUCGAAGACAAAGGAGAAGUAUAUAUACGUAGUGUUCUAUUUUAAGAGAAACGUAAUAAAGAAGUAGAAGUAGAAGUUGGUAAAGACUAGUAAGGACAAAGGCUUCCCUAGAAUUUAUUCCAUAUAACAUAUUAUUUUAUUUUUGAGAUAUAUGAAUUACUAGACAAGUGAAUUACUAAAAAGUUUUUUUAGUAUAAAGUAGUGAGCAGUUACAAAAAAAUGGGUAAUUCCAAAAGUAAAAAUGAACACGAUAAUAAUAUGAAGUAUCGACAAUGCCCCCCUGGUUACGUUACAGCCACAAUAAUAAGGGAAGAUGGUACCUUUAUGGGUACCACAUGGAUUCCAGAUAUAAAUUCAUUUAAAAAUAAUCAUGAAACAUACAAAACUGCCAACGAAAAAAAAAGACAAGAAUUAUUUGAUAAGUCACAUAAUUUUGCAUGUAAUGACACAGUUAAUGUUCAAUCUAAAUUUAUGACAGAAACCUGCAACAAUAAAGAAAAAUGCAAUAAUGAAAAUCAAACAAUUUAUCUGAAAAAUAAGUCUGAAAUUAAAGUAACUACACCAUCUAAACCACCACCAUCUAAAAUAUCUACAAAAGAAGACUUUAUGAUGCAAUGGUUUUCAUGGAAAAAUGAGUUUCUCACAUACAUGAAAUCAAUUGACCAAGCAGAGAGUAACAAAGAAAAGUGGGGUAUAAUGCUCUUAAAUCGUAUGGGUCCUGUUGGCCAAGAAAUUUCUAGAAGUUUUACAUUUGAUAAAGAAUAUGCUGAAGAAAACAUAGAUAUAUUGCUAAAAAAACUUGAUUUCUAUUGCAUAUUUGGAGGUAGAAAAAGAGGAGAUGAUGAAGAUAUCGAUAAAUAUGUCAAUAAUUUGACGGUGAUGGCAUCAAAAUAUAUGACUAAUACAGAUGAAAUAGUGAAAGAGAAAAUUCUGAUGGAAGUAGAUAAAGAUAGAUUUACAAGAAAAGCUGAAAGUUUAAUUUUGGGAUUCUCAUUUCCAUCAUGCAAACAAUCAUUAACUCUAAAAGAAAUGAUAUAUAUUUGGAUGUCAUAUGAGAACGUGAACUUCAAGCAAAGUGAAGAAAUCCACAAUUUUUUAAUUAAGAACUGCAAUAAUUGUGGAAAGACUCAUAAAAUAAAUAAUUGUUAUGCUCGUGGAAAACGAUGUAAUAAAUGCGGUAACGAGAAUCACUAUUGGACAAGAUGUCCAUCUCAAUUUAUAACUAAUUGCUUAUAUUGUGGGGAAAAUCAUUUUGUUCGAGAGUGUCCUGCUUAUUUGAAUGAAUGUAAUAGAUGUAAUAAAACAAAUCACUUCUCUUGGAAAUGUUCAAUUGCAAAAAUUUUAAAUUGCAAUUAUUGUGGUUUAACACAUAUCGCAUCUAAAUCUGCAUGCCCCGCAAUAAAUACCAUAUGUGCUAGGUGCUAUAAAAGAGGACAUUUUCCAAUAAAAUGUUUCAAAAAAUGAACAUAUACAACAAUUUAGGAAUAUCACCCGAAUAGUAUAUUCCUUCUAUUAUAUAAGAGAACAAAAGUUGAGAGUAUGAUAUAAAUUUUAUAAAUCAUAAUAUAUAUUAUUUUGAUACACAUUAUUAUUACAUUUGUCGAUAUAUUACUUUUUAUAUUACCAUUCUUAUUUUUCUAUGCGAGAUAAUUGAAUAGAAGAACAUCCAUUUUUCCUAUAAUCUUUUAGCUUAAAGAUUUAAUAUAUAAGUUAAAGGCACAAACUACUUCCGCGAAUUUCCCUCAAUGCCGCGCAUUAUUGUAUGUCGUCGUGUUACAAAAAAAGGAAGCAUGCGUAAUUAAGAACGAGUUAUCAAACUCCCAAAAAUAUACCGUAAAUUGAUAUGGAGGAAAAUGAUAAAGAUUAUAUACUUUGAUAAAAGUAAAAAUCAAAUAUUAUCUUUUCUCUCUUUCUUUUUGUAGGUUUUAAUAUAUUUGAAAAUUAAACGUCAAAAAAAUUUAAUAAAGAUAUAUA